CUUGUCAAUUGUCAUUCCUUGAUUUUUUUUCUCGCCUCGAUACCUACACAUCAAGCACAGUUCUAGACCCGCCAGGCAUCAUAUCAUAUCCGCCCAACCCACGCCUCGUCUCGCCUCGCCCCAUUACGGUCAACCCUGAUGCGUUGUCAAUACUACUAGACCUAAACCAAAACCAAGUUGAAUGAGGGUUAAGGCGGAGUCAUUGUUUCAGCCUGAUAUGAUGAUAUAAUGCGAUAUUAAAUUUAUAUCAGCAUACCCCGGAAGAUCACAACCACCACUGCACUCUACUACUGCUACUAUAUACAUCGUCAACCUAUUGUCUAUAUACAUACUACACACACCACACAUCUAUACUACUCACCACCUCAACUGAACCCCCAACCCCCGAAGAACCAAAGAAAGGAAAAGAAACGAAAUGGCAAUGCGAAUCUACCACCGCCGUCCCCGCCGCUACCACUGGCCCGAACUCCAACUCAACAUCUGGAUCAUCGUGGUUCUCUCCUCAUCCGCAAUCUGUCUGGGUAUAUUCGCCUGGUUCAUGACGGUUCAAAAUGACUUGGGAUUGGAAGUUCCUUGGCUCUUCCCCUACAUGAUAACAACCGGCGCGCUCGGCAUCUUCUUCGUAAUCUUCAUCCUGAUCCUAGCCGCACAACGCUUCCUCCUGCCCGGGAUAAUCAUCAUCGGGGGGUUUAUUCUCUUCGUGCUGUGGUUAACGGGACUGGUGGAGACAUCGCUCCAGCUGUAUGGGGUUGUCGCGAACGUUAAUGAUAAUUGUCGCAAUUAUAUUGAUAAUGUUAAGCCUGUGGGCGAUGGGUGGAAGACGUUGGCGUGGAUUGAGGAGGAGACUAUUUGUAAGUUUUUUCAUUCUUUCCCCUUCUUUCUUUUGUUCCCUUUGGGGGGGAGGGUAUGUAUGUAUGCUAAUUGGUGUUUGUGGGAUAGGCAAUUGUUGGAGAACGGCGUUUGCGUUUGAAUUGGUGAAUACCAUCUUUUAUGUCUGGAUGAUUAUUAUGUCGUGGCAGGUUAAUCGG